GUGCAGACCCAAAGCAGCGUCCGUCCAUCCUGACGGAUAAGGCGAUGGAGCCGGCCAUUAAGUACAUCAACAAGAAAUUCCCCAACAUUGACUUCAGAGGAAACAUUCAAAACCUGACCAACAUCCAGCGACAGAAAUCUGAUGUGAUGAAAGCCACAUCCAGCUACUAUGACUCUUUCCUGGACGUCAUAGAGUUCAGGGAUCAUGUUUAUGAGUUGCUGAACACCAUAGACGCCUGUCAGUGCUUCUUUGAUAUUACGACCAACUUUGACUUCACCAAGAACUACCUGGAUCUGAUCGUCACCUACACGUCAGUUAUCAUAAUGCUCUCUCGAAUCGAUGACAAGAAGGCUCUGGUGGGGAUGUUCAACUGUGCCCAUGAGAUGACCAACGGCUGCGGUGACUCGUCCUACCCGCGACUCGGACAGAUGUUUCUGGAGUAUGAGCAUCCCUGGAAGAAGAUCACAGAGGAGUUUUGCCCUCACACAAGGUCUGUGACGGCAGCGCUUCUAUCUCUGAAGAACGUCUACCCACGCAGGAACCUGCCAGCAGAGCAGUGGCGGAGUGCCCAGCUCCUCAGCCUGCUCAGCGCUCCCGCUACCAUGUUGGAAUCAGCUUGUUGUGACACAAUAGCGUGUGAAUACUUGUCCAUGGAGACGAUGGAGCGAUGGCUCAUCAUCGGCUUCCUGUUGUGCCACAGCAGCCUGAAUAGCAACCAGGGCUCCCAGGAGCUGUGGAAGAUGGCUCUGCGGAGCGGCCUCUACCUCACCCUCACCAGGGAUGAAGUCCUCAACAUACACAAAGUCUCAGAGGACCUGUUCGACAGCAUCAAGGGGUAUAACAAGCGAGUCGCAGACAUCAAGGAAUGCCGUGAGCAUGUUUUGGUUCACUGCGGGGCUAUGCACAGAGAGAGGAGGCAGUUUCUGAGAGGAGCGAUAAAGGAAUUAUUCAACGUGCUGGAGGAUGAACCUGGACUUCUGGGACCAAAGGCCCUGUUUGUCUUCAUGGCUCUGUCAUUUUCCCGUGACGAGGUCCUGUGGCUCGUCAGACACUCUGAGAAUAUGCCAAAGCUGAAGACGCCUGAGGACUACAUCGACAAUCAGAUGGCGGAGCUGCUGUUCUACAUGGAGAAGCUGAAUGGUCUCAUGAGAAACUACAAUCAAGUAAUACAACGCUUCCACGUUCAGUACCUGGCAAGGUUUGAUGCCCUGGUACUCAAUGACACCAUACAGAACAUGUAUGUGUGUCCAGAGGAGGAAUCAGUCCUGAUGAGCUCAUUUGUCUCAACACUGUCUGCUCUCUCAGUCACACAAGUGGACAACAAAGAGGAGUUCGAUUUCAGAGGGCUUAGACUGGACUGGCUGAGAUUACAGGCCUACACAAGUGUGAACAAGGCCCCACUCUUGUUAAAGGACUACCCCGACUUAGCGAGGGUGAUGAACGUGAUCCAGUUUCACACCAAGAUGAUGGACAAUGUGGAGGAGCUGCUGCAGGAGACGUCCGAGUUGUCCAUAUUCUGCUUCUACCCACGUGUCUUUGAGAAGAUGUUCAACCAGAGCAUGGAGGAGGUGUCCAUGAAGCGCCACCUCAUGUCCUUCCCUCUGGUCUGUUCCCACUUCAGCCAUUGUGGACACUCCCUCUGUCCAGAAGAGAUAGAGGAAAUGGAGAAGAGGAGUCUGCGCCUGACUGUGACCUUCCUGGAGCAGAUAGCCAAGCAGACCGGCAGUGUGGUGAUAGAGAUAUGUGCCGAGCAGUGCAAGCUCAACGACCAGCUGCUGCCCUGGCACUGUGCCGAGACCAUCAGCGCCGCUCGCCACAGAAAGCAGAAGAAGAUGGUGCCAAAGAAAGGAGAGGUCCAGAAGGAGAAACCGGGCGCCGAAAGCCUGAGGAAAGACCGGACCGUCGCCACCAAUUUUGACAGGAUGCAUCUGACGCUGACAGAGCUGUGCUCCUCCUACAGCUUCUGCAGGGAUUUUAUUGUCUUCGACCACAUCGUCGUCCCCGCGGAGUUCCUCCUCUCUCAUCUGGAGACGUAUCUCUCUGAGAUCAUCGUGAGAAUGGCCAAUUACAACCAGACCACCCAGGAGAUAGCCCGGCCCUCAGACCUGCUGGCAGGAAUCAGAGCCUACACAGCCACCCUGCACAGCGUCUCCAGCUACGUCAACAUGGACAUCACCCGGCUGGUGAAGAGCGUCCUGCUGCAACAAACACAGCCGCUGGACUCACGUGGACGGCAGACCAUCACAACCCUCUACACAAACUGGUUCCUGCAGAGUCUCUUGCGUCAGGCCAGCAGCUCCCUCAUCGUCCACUGUCCUGCGAUGCAAUGCUUCAUCAACCAGCCGACUGACAAUGAAGCAAGUUUCAGAGCAGAGGAGUUCUCAGAUAUAUCAGAGCUCCAGGCCCUGGCGGAGCUAAUCGGGCCAUAUGGCCUGAAGUUCAUCAGUGAGAACCUGAUGUGGCACAUCAUCUCUCAAGUCAGCGAGCUGAAGAAACUUGUGAUUGAGAACAUGGACACCCUGGUACAGAUGCGAAGCAACUUUGAUAAGCCAGAGGAAAUGGCCAAUCUCAGAAAGAGGCUGACAGGUGGAGAGAACGUGCUGAAGAGGAUGACGAUCAUCGGGGUGAUUCUGUCCUUCAAAUCGAUGGCACAAAACUGUCUGAAAGAUAUCCUAGAAAAGCACUGCCCGUACCUGAUGGGACCCAUCACGCACCUGAGAGACUUCAGCCCCCCUGAAGCCGACAAAAAGGAGACGCUGAGUAUAUUUGAGUUGGCGUCCGCCGCAGGGUUGACAUGCAACAUCGAUCCUGCCCUUGUUGCAGCGAUCAGCAGUAUGCACACAGAAAACACAUCCAUCGAUGAAGAGUACAAGCUGUCCUGUUUGCUGCUGGUCUAUGUCGCCGUGUCCCUGCCGACUCUGGCCCUGGACAACAACUCGUCCUACAGCAGAGAGCAUGGAGGCCACAACAACAACAUCCACUGUUUGGCUACAGCCAUCAACCAGCUGGCUGUCGCCAUGUUCACCAUUCAGAACAAGAACAUAGAGCAUCACCUCAAAGAGUUUCUUCUGAUCGCCUCCUCAACUCUACUCCAGCUGGGACAAAAUGUAGAGAGAGUCGAGGUGAAAAACCGAGAAUCAGUCUACCUGCUCCUGCACAUGAUUGUGGAGGAGUCUUCGUUCCUGACUCAAGACAUGUUGGAGAGCUGCUUCCCGUAUGUUCUGCUUCGGAACGCCUACAGAGAGGUCUACAGGUCCUUCAUCAUCACUCUCGGCUGAAGACUUUGCUUUAUCUUUCCACCCGAGUACUUUAAUGUGCAUACGUGUUUUGUUUUCUCUACUGUUCAGCAUCUGAUUCACACGUCAGCAUAUUUGCUGUCUUGGUUAUUUUGAUCACAGUUUGUGCCGAACAGUUUCCUGUAAGGUCUGCUGUACAACCCAUUUUGCGCACUACUUACGUGCUUUACUCUGCUGAUCCACUAGUGUCGAUUUAAAACCACUGUACUAUAACUAAUAUCAGCUUGAAUCAUUCCAAUCUGAAUCAGGUAUAUUCUGCAAUCCCUUUUAUAUUCUAUGCAUCAGCACGAUAUACACAAUAAGUGCCAC